ACGAAUCCGAUUUCUUCUUCUCCAAGUCGCUUUUCUUUUCGCCUGAUAACAUAAUAAAAAUUAACCAAAAAAUAAUUCCUUCACUUUUCUUUCUCAAAUUCUCACUCUCUCUCUCUCUACUUUUGCACACUAGAUCUUCAGACCUUCAACUUGUGAUUCGGGUUUAAACGAAUUUGGGGAAAUUUGCAAGGAGAGAUAGAAAAACAAGAUGACGAAUGGAGCAUUUGAAGUACCUGCAAAGGGUGGAUUCAGCUUCGACAAUUGCAAAAGGAAUGAAAUGUUGUUGAACAAGGGUCUUAAAGCUCCUGGUUUUCUCAAAACUGGUACUACUAUUGUCGGCCUUGUUUACCAGGAUGGUGUCAUUCUUGGAGCUGAUACUAGAGCAACAGAAGGCCCCAUUGUCGCUGACAAGAACUGUGAAAAAAUUCAUUACAUGGCACCAAACAUUUACUGUUGUGGUGCAGGGACUGCAGCUGAUACAGAGGCUGUAACUGACAUGGUUAGCUCCCAACUAAAACUCCAUAGGUAUCACACUGGUCGUGAGUCAAGGGUUAUUACAGCUCUUACUCUUCUGAAGUCCCAUCUUUUUAGGUAUCAAGGACAUGUCUCCGCAGCUCUGGUGCUAGGUGGAGUUGAUGUCUCUGGACCUCAUCUACACACUAUAUACCCUCAUGGAUCAACAGACACACUUCCUUUUGCUACAAUGGGAUCAGGUUCCCUUGCUGCGAUGUCUGUCUUUGAGUCAAAAUACCGUGAAGGACUCACUAGGGAUGAAGGAGUAAAAAUAGUAUGUGAGGCAAUCGCUUCUGGUAUUUUUAAUGACUUGGGAAGUGGAAGCAAUGUUGACGUGUGUGUCAUAACAAAGGGAAACGUAGAGUAUCUAAGAAAUCAUGUGCAGCCUAAUCCUCGUACCUACACAAGUGCAAAGGGCUAUACAUUCUCUAAGCCUACAGAGGUCCUCUCGACAAAGGUCACAGCAUUGGCACAGAGAGCUGUGGUGACUGAGAGAGGUGAUGCCAUGGAAGAAGAGUGAUGGUCAACAAACCCCUAGUUUUGGUAUCUGUCAUUGAAACAUGUUACAUCAAAAUCUAAAUGCAGAUGCUAAUCUGGAGUUGGUGGUUGAAUUGUUGUAUUCUGUGAAACUCGGUCAGUCUAUGCGGGUAAAAGAUGAUCAUGGAUUACUUCAUUUCCCUUUUUUUAUGGCUGCCUGUCUGUCUCGUGUCUCUCAAGCCGUUUGGUAGUUAUUGCGCAGUAAUACAUUUAUUUUGUUGCUCUUUUCAACAAAUACAUAUUAAUCUGUAGAAGUUGAUUUAUUAUUUGCUAUUCCUAGACAGAUUCCACUA